AUGAACAACAUUCCCGCGCUGCUGAACCACUUGGACGCUAAUAGAGAGUCGCCCACCUUGAGCUUGGCGUACGCGUCCAUCUCAGAUGAAGGCAUCGUGGAGGUGUCGAAAUUCCUGCGGGACAAUCCCUUUGUGAAGUACUUGGACCUCCGAGGAAACAAUAUCCAAGCCAAAGGGGCCAUGGCACUGGCCAACGGCAUCAAGAUCAACAGAUCUUUGCGAAGUCUGAAUUUGAAAUGGAACGCCAUUGGAAAAGAUCCCAGUGGCUUGAAUGCCCUUUGCGAUGUCCUGAAGUCGAACCUGACUGUCGGGCAUGUCGAUCUUCGAAACAAUCGUGUCAACAAUGUGGGUGCAAAAUACAUCGGCGAGAUGUUAGCCUCAAACACGACGAUUACGCACUUGGACCUGUCUUGGAAUGACCUGGGUGCUGAUGGUGGUCUGGCACUUUUAGAAGGCCUGAAGCACAAUAGCACUGUCCUGGAUUGUCAGCUCAGUGGUUCCAAGGUUGGCGAGGAGACGCUGCACGAAGUGGCAUUUCUGCUUCGACGGAAUAAAGCUUCUGCAGCGUACAAAGCGAGCUCGAACUCGACUGGAGCACAAAUGGCAGCAGCUGAUUCCAAGACAGCCACCCUUGGAAAGCCAGUCGCUCCUGGUCGAGGGCAGGUGGACCGGAGCCAAGCAGAGACCAAGGCUCCAGAAGCAGAAGCCUUGCCUCCAGCAAAGAAGGGCCCACAAGCGAAAGCGAACUGGACACCAAAGGACAGUAGCACGUUGAUGCUACGGCUGAUGAUGAAGGAGAGGGAGCAGGUUCUGCCGGAGGACAAGGUGUUCUACCAGCAGAUUGCAGAACACAUCGACAAGCUUCUGCUGGAAACCUCGAAGCACAAGCAGGGCAGAGUCGAUGGCGAAGAGAGAGAAAAGCUGUCGACAACUGGCUUCCUAGAAAGAGAGCAGAGGUAUAUAAAAGAAAUCCGACAAACCGAAGAAGCUCUUCAAAGAGUCAUCAGUGAGAAGGAGUUCUCGCAGAAAGAACUGGCUGCCAAGAGUGUGUCUCUCAACCAGCUGAACGAGCAGAACACCUCUGCGGUGCGCGAGUCCAUUGUCAUGCAGGAGCGCACAGCUGCAGAAGAACAGCAGCUCAGAAAGGAAUUGCGGGAGCUCCAAGUCGAAAAGAAAGACCUUCAGGACAAGUUGGCUCUCAACGUGAAAGACUUGGAACUCCUGGAACAGGACUUGGCAGUUGAACGGCUCUCGGUCGCGGCAAUAUUCCUGGCCGUUGUCUUCAUUUUGAGCACGCGGUCCAAAAUAUUGUUGCAAUUCUUCGUGGCACACCCGGACGCCGACCUCACGGACUUUAGCAUUUUGCCGAAGCUAUACGACCUCGCUUUGCAGCAUGGUCCACAAUUGGGGGACGCUGGAACCGUGCAUGCAGCGGCCACCAGCCUGGGAAAUCUCAUCGAUUCCAUCCUGCUGCCCUACUGGCGCCAGCCACAGGAACACCCAGUGACCGCCCUCGUCCAGUGCCGCAGCAUCCGCGACGCACGUGAACUGCUGAUGCAGAUCCCCCAUUUUGGGGAGUUGGCAUUGGCGCACGUUUCUAGUUACAUUGCCGACAUGGAUAAGGGCUUGCAGCGAUUGUCCUGGUCGCAGCAGAAACUUCCGGAUGCCCAACUUCCAUUGGCAGCAAACGCCCGAACGUGGCUGGCGCUACGCCGGGCAGGCCGCGAGCUCACUAAGAGUCCCGGUUGGCUUGAGGAAGAGGCACGAAACUGGGUGCAGACUAUGCAAGCCAUGAUGCCGAAGACCGUGACCUACCGAAGGCAUAGUGAUGGCGUGGAGGUCGAGUGGAAGCCGCAGAUAACGCGACCCCUUUGCCAAGCCAGCAGCUGCAAGAGCCUCCAAGUCUUGCAAACAUGGCUCAGCGGAAUGCUGGGAAACCACGGACGCAAAAGCGCCGCGGACAUGCUGCCAUCGUGGCGCCGCAAACGCUGGUGCCCGAAGCGCAAGCG